GAGUUCAACUGGAAACAACAUUAAAGAGGGGGACUUCCUGAAACCCCCUAUUUCGAGCGGAGUCGUCAUAUAAUUUUUUAUUUAUAUUUUUUAUGUCCGAGUCUUUAAAUACGAGCAUUACGAGCUAAAUUGCUGGUUUGAAGAACAUUGGUAUACGGUGAAGCACGCUCAGUAGCCUGAAUAAGGUCUUCACCUUCAGCUCAUCGACAACUUGGAUAUGGAGGAAGGGGAGCAAGAAAAGCAGCUGGGAAGACACAUCUCUAAAAGGGCUUUGCGGAAUAAAUCCCUUAUCAUAUCUUUCGAUGAAAACGAUCGUAGGGAGUUUGUUACUGGGUUCCACAAGAGGAAAAAACAGAGGCGCAAGCUAGCUGAAAAGCAACAAGAAAGUAAAAAAAGGGAGAAACGCCUUGCAGAACGAAAAAAGCGGAGGCUUGCAAUCAAAAUGGCUUAUGGAGAGGCCUCUGAGCUGCCUGAAGAAAAUCCAGAUACCAUGUUAGCUGGAGAAAUAAGUGAAGAUGAAGAGGAAGAUAAAAACUCUUAUGAUGUCUCCACUGUUAAUGGCACUCUUACUUACGAGGAUGGAGAGACAACUACAAUUGUAGAGACUAAGGAAGUAUAUCCAGAGAAAAAUGAUUGUGAAAUGCCUCAUCUAAAUAGCUUUCGGAACUCAAAAGGAAAAGUCAAGAUUCAAAUUGCUAAAAAAAAGUCUUUCAAGAAGGUCAAGAAAGGAAAGAAGCACAAGAAGGGAAAGAUGUUCAAGAAGGAUGCGUCUAGUAGAAUGAGAAAGAAGGGGAAGCAUAAACAAUAGCUUUCUUUUGUGGUUCAUUGAUUUUCAGUCAUUAAUCUUGUAAUACAUGGUAGCUGUUAAUUUUAGCAGUUUGAUUAGGGGUAUUUGCAUGGUAUUGACUGGCUUUCAUACAUAUAGCCUGAUUUGUCAGGUAAUUUGUAAUCUGAGGCAAGCAGUCAGUCAAAACUGUGUUUUGGAUAUCUUCCUUCAGUAAUUUUUACAAGAUGAUCAAGCAACUGAAUUGUCCUUCCAACACUUGUUGGAGGAUUUGUGGCUCUGCUGCUGGGAUAGGCGAAGAGCUUUGCCCUGUUUGGGUUUUGGCAAUGGCUUGAACUGAGGUGUUACAUCCAUUUUCCCCAAUGAUUGGAUUCCGUUUUCUGUAAGCUUAAAUUUUUUUUCUGUAGUAUCUAUAUUCAACAAGAAUUAUAUAUACUAGCUGCUUUUAAAA